AUGGCAUUCAACACUGCGCUUCCUCCUCGUGACGCGGUGCACAGCGUCGCGCUCAUGGUCGACGAUGACAAAGUGCAGGCGGCGGCGCAACGCGAGGGCUUGCAGCUCACGUAUAUUUCGUGGGAAGACUGCGCCCGCUUUCAGAACAGUUGCUGGGGCCCGUGCAUCUCGGACAUGACGCUCGUCGUCCAAGACACGUGGAUGCCCGUGCUCCGGGCGCCCAACUUUCAAGGUAUCAAGCGCUUCAAGAUGUUUUCUGAUUUGUAUUUUCUUAUUUACUGA